UGUUGAGAAUAUAAUUAAUUAAACAAAAGCAUGCAUUUCUCUAACAGCUUAAGCUUCUAGAUGAGAUGGUCACCCUCUUCAUCAAAAAACUCUGUAUAUCGAUACAAAUGUAUCUACUAGUCUUCGAUGCCACCAUUUGAACCUUUUAUGUUCUGCUUAGGCAUAAUAAACAAUUGACUUUGACUGUGUUCUUUUAAUAGCAUUGUCAUGUAUUUGGCGUGAUUAAUGUUUUUUUUUUUUUUUUUCUCUCUUUAUUAAGAAGUUGCAAUGUACGCAGUACCCGAAGCUAUUGUUGAGGUCACGGACGAGAAUUCUGUGCCUGGACCAGUAAACAAGGAAAUGGAUGGAUAAACCACGCGGUGGAAACGCCAGACGAUGGUUGGAGGAGGAUGAGCUGAUCCUCCUUGACAUUUUACAUAAGGGGAAACAUGUUUCCAAGUCUGAUAUCAUCCUGGCACAAGCUUGGAGAGACAUUAUCCAUGAGUUUUGGGCUAGGACAAGCGACCGCAAAAGGUAUGAUGAGCAAUGCAUCAAACGGCAAUAUCACAGACUUAAAAAGAAUUGGGCGGAUUUCAAAGAACUACUCUCGCCAUGCUUGGGAUAUGAACGAGACCAGGAAACUGAUAAAAUUGUUGCUCCUACUGACGUUUGGGCAAAUCAUGUGGCAAGAUUCAGUGAUUACAAGAGGUGCGAAUAUCAUGGCCUAAAACAUUUUGACAAACUGGAUGAGAUGUUUGGGCAGAAAGAAGAACAUAACAAUGAUGACUUGCCAAUGUCUAGGCAUGGUAAAAACAUUGCAACUAGUUACACACCAUACAGUGCAAAAAUCUUAGACCACGUCAAGCAAUAUCUUCAGAGGAAAAGGGAACAUAAGGAAUCAUUGCCGCUGCCUGAGCUGUUGGACAGCUUUUAUUCAGAAAAGGUCGUGGUUACUCAAGUCAAGUAAUGCAUAUUUUUGAACAGUUUCAAGGUGAAAAGAUGCAAUUUGGGAAGGUAGUAGAACAACUUUUGGACCGAGGAAUGCGUGUAACGUUCAUGGAUAUGACGGAUGAAAAUCAAGCAGCUUGGUGUAGAAGUUUGGGGAAAAUGUGAAGGUAUCAGCCUCACUUGUACUAAUUGUAUGGCUUGUUCUGUGUUGGUAUUAGAUUGAACGCUGGAUACUUAUUAAUUGUUCGACUUGUAUUGAAUAUUAUGAACA